AUGGGGAAGUUUUUGAGAGUUUUAGGAAUGUCCUUUUUAGUGUUAUCAGUUGCGGUGUUGUUUGUAGGAUUGGCUGAGGGAAGACAAUUGGAGCAAACGAGCAAUGUGGGUAAGGAGGGUUGUGUAGGAGAGGAAGGUGGUUAUGGUGGCGGCAUUGGUGGUGGCAAAGGGGGUGGUUAUGGAGGUGGCCAAGGAGGCGGCCUUGGUGGUGGAUAUGGAGGUGGUGUCGGAGGAGGUCAUGGAGGAGGUGUAGGAGGCGGUAUUGGAGGUGGCCAUGGUGGUGGUGUAGGAGGUGGUUAUGGAGGAGGCCAUGGAGGUGGUGCAGGAGGAGGUAUAGGUGGUGGUCAUGAGGGCGGUGGUGUAGGAGGUGGUUAUGGAGGAGGUCAUGGGGGUGGUGCAGGAGGAGGUAUUGGUGGUGGUCAUGGAGGUGGAGUUGGUGGUGGUUAUGGAGGAGGCAAGGGUGGAGGUGUUGGAGGUGGUCAUGGAGGUGGAGUUGGUGGUGGUUACGGAGGAGGUGUAGGAGGUGGUCAUGGAGGUGGAGUUGGUGGUGGUUAUGGAGGAGGUAGCCAAGGAGGUGGUCAUGGAGGUGGAGUUGGUGGUGGUUAUGGAGGAGGCAAAGGUGGAGGAGUAGGAGGAGGUGCUGGUGGAAGCUACGGAGGAGGUCAUGAGGGUGGUAUUGGUGGAGGCCAGGGAGGAGGAAUUGGUGGUGGCCACGGAGGUGGUGUAGGAGGAGGUGCUGGUGGAGGCUACGGAGGAGGUCAUGAGGGUGGUAUUGGUGGAGGCCAAGGAGGAGGAAUUGGUGGUGGCCACGGAGGUGGUGUAGGAGGAGGUGCUGGUGGAGGCUACGGAGGUGGUCAUGAGGGUGGUAUUGGUGGAGGCCAAGGAGAAGGAAUUGGUGGUGGCCACGGAGGUGGUGCAGGAGGAGGUGCUGGUGGAGGCUACGGAGGAGGUCAUGAAGGUGGUAUUGGUGGAGGCCAAGGAGGAGGAAUUGGUGGUGGCCACGGAGGUGGUGUAGGAGGAGGUGUUGGUGGAGGCUAUGGAGGAGGUCAUGAGGGUGGUAUUGGUGGAGGCCAAGGAGGAGGAAUUGGUGGUGGUCACGGAGGUGGUGUCGGAGGAGGUGCUGGUGGUGGAUACGGAGCAGGUCAUGGAAGUGGAGUAGGAGGAGGAGUCGGUGGUGGAUAUGGACAUGGAGGUGGUGCAGGUGGCGGCUAUGGAGGUGGUCAUGAAGGAGGUAUUGGAGGCGGUUAUGGAGGAGGACACGAAGGUGGCUAUGGGGGAGGAGCCGGUGGUGGUGCCGGUGGAGGAGCUGGAGGGGGCUAUGGUGGUGGUCAUGGAGGAGGAUAUGGAGGUGGUGGCUACUAA